UUGUAGUCUCCUGAGGCAGCGGGUUGCGGGUCUUGGAAACAUGGAGGCGCUGCUAAGACGCGAGUUGGGCUGCAGCUCCGUCAAGGCCACAGGCCACUCGGGGGGCGGGUGUAUUAGUCAGGGCCAGAGUUACGACACCGACAAAGGACGGGUGUUUGUGAAAGUGAACUCCAAAGCGGAGGCGCGGAGGAUGUUUGAAGGUGAGAUGGCAAGUCUCUCUGCCAUCCUGCACACAGGCACGGUGCGGGUGCCCAAGCCGUUGGCGGUCCUCGAUGGCCCGGGCGGCGGGAGUGUGCUUGUCAUGGAACAUGUGGACAUGAGGUACCUGAGCAGUCACGCGGCAACACUUGGAACCCAGCUGGCCGAUCUGCACCUAGACAACCAGAGGCUUGGAAAUAUGCUGCGGAAGGAAGGCGGCACUGUAGGGAGAGGUGGUGGCCAGGAUGAACGAGCCUUUGUGGACCAGUUUGGGUUUGACGUGGUGACCUGCUGUGGAUACCUCCCCCAGGUGAACGACUGGCAAAAAGACUGGGUCUCGUUCUUUGCCCAGCAGCGCAUCCAGCCCCAGAUGGACAUGGUGGAGAGGGAGUCCGGGGACCGGGAGGCUCGCGAGCUCUGGGCAGCCCUGCAGCUGAAGAUCCCGGCCCUGUUCCGGGACCUGCACGUGGUCCCUGCCUUGCUGCACGGCGACCUCUGGGGAGGAAACGUAGCUGAGGACACCUCGGGGCCCGUCAUUUUUGACCCUGCGUCAUUCUACGGCCACUCGGAGUACGAGCUGGCAAUCGCUGGCAUGUUCGGGGGCUUCAGCAGUGCCUUCUACUCGGCCUACCACAGCAAGCUCCCCAAAGCCCCCGGCUUCGAGAAGCGGCUGCAGCUCUACCAGCUCUUCCACUACCUGAACCACUGGAACCACUUUGGGUCGGGGUACCGGGGAUCUUCCCUGAACGUCAUGAGGAACCUCGUGCGGUGAGCACAGGUGGGACUGGCUAAAGUGUCAGGGUUCUGGCUCUAGGCCAUGCCCAGGACCCUGCUUCUCACCUUCCCCGCCAUGAUCUCUCGCUGGGACAGCAGUGACCAACCCAGCUGCUUAUCUUCGGACUCUGAAGCAAGGUGUCUGGAGGUGGUUGUGGCCAGAGUUGGUCAUGCAGGUGGUUAGUGAGCAGCUGCCCUCAUCUCCUGAGGCCCCACCCUCAUGUCCAGGGACACAUCCUCCAGGCUGCUCCUGGGAGUGUCACUUCUAGACAAGAAACUGUCCCCUCUGAUAUUUCUCACAGGACCAGUUCCAGAAUCGAACACAUUCCAUGAGUUGUGGCUGUCCUUGGGCCCUGCUGCCAUCUGGCAGGUCUGGACACUGACUCUGGGUGUGGCUUGUCCCUGAGUGUCCUCCAAAAAUGUCAGCCGAUCAUGCGCCUGUGUUUACCCCACUGUCUGCUUUCUCAAGCCAGGAACUCGUUCUUUGCAGCGCGUUAUGUGAGUGGUACACCAAUGCUCAGUGCCCUCCCGAGCAUCCAAUGUGGUGGUCGGCAGUUCAUGAAUGGCACUGAUGCUGAUAAAUCCCUUUGCAUAAAAAUAAACUUUUCAGUGGUUUUAA